AGAGGAUGACAGCAUUUCCCUGUCCUUGGGAACCCCCAGCUUCAAGGAGGGGCAUUCCCUGACAUGCAUGUGAAAACAUAUGGGGAUAUGACUGUGGCGUUGCUGGCGCCAGGAGAGUGUACAAAUGAAUGGCACUUGAGUCUGUGAGGCCCUAAACUCUCAAUCUGCAGCAACCCUAUUUGCCUUCUGCGGUGCUUUCAGAAGAGCCUGUCCCAGUGUUCUUCCCCCGCCUGCUCUUCAUCCCUGGGCUUGGCUGGGCCCUACCUGCCUGUGAUUCUGAGCAACUCUUUUUUUUUUUUUAAAGAUUAAUUUUUAAAUUUACGCAUACAAGAGCUGGGAUGCAGGCCGGAGGUGUGGGGGGUGAGAGUAUCCACCAGAGACAGAGUGGGGAGCAGAACAGGCAGAUCUACUGAAAUAGGGGAGCAAUGGGCGAGCCAGGAGAGGUCUGCUGCGCCAUGUGGGUAACUCCCUGGCUGGGGAUGGAACUCGUGCUGCCGAUAGCUUCAUAGGGCUCAUGCUUAACCCCUUGCACCACAAGGAAGGCCCUGAUUCUGAACAACUCUUAAUGGUGUGAUAACAAGUAGAGUAUUUUCUGAACUUGGCACUGAGUUCUGAUUUCUUGGUUUCCGCCUGGGGGCAAGCAACUUAGGGUUGAGGUAUGGGAGGAGGGUGGGUUGCAAGGAAAUAUUUAAAUAUAUUUAAGGUUCUUUUCCUUAAAUAUAGAGACCCCUGUACCAGUUUUCCUUUGUGGCUCUGAGGGAGCCUCCUUCCCUGCACAGGGCCUGGAAAAGGGACCACGACCUAAGACAUAACUGCUCAGGUAGCCUCAUGGCCGCAACCUGUGAGAUUAGCAACGUUUUUAGCAACUACUUCAGCACUAUGUACAGCUCGGAGGACUCCACUCAGGCCCCUGUUCCCCCUGCUGCUACCUUUGGGGCUGAUGACCUGGUGCUGACUCUGAGCAACCCCCAGAUGCCGCUGGAGGGCACAGAAAAGGCCAGCUGGUCAGGGGAGCAGCCUCAGUUCUGGUCCAAGGCCCAGGUUCUGGACUGGAUCAGCUACCAGGUGGAGAAGAACAAGUACGACGCCAGCUCCAUCGACUUCUCGCGGUGCGACAUGGACGGGGCGGCGCUCUGCAGCUGUGCCCCUGAGGAGCUGCGGCUGGUCUUCGGGCCCCUGGGGGACCAGCUUUACUCCCAGUUAUGGGACCUCACUUCCAGCUUUCCUGACGAGCUCAGCUGGAUCAUCGAGUUGCUGGAGAAGGACAGCAUGGCCUUCCAGGAGACUGCAGGAGACACCAGCUCUUUCGGUGAACAGGGAAGCCCCUUCAUCCAGGAGAUGCUGGACGACUCCCGGCAGGCCAGCCCCUACUACCCUGGCAGCUACGGUGCUGGCGCCCCCUCCCCCGGCAGCUCUGAUGUCUCCACCACAGGGACCGGCACCUCUCAGAGUUCCCACUCCUCAGACUCUGGUGGAAGCGACGUAGACCUGGACCCCACAGACAGCAAGCUCUUCUCCAGCGAUGGCUUUCCUGACUAUAAGAAGGGGGAUCCUAAGCACGGGAAACGGAAACGAGGCCGGCCACGAAAGCUGAGCAAAGAGUCCCGGGAUUGUCUGGAGGGCAAGAAGAGCAAGCAUGCCCCCAGAGGUACUCACCUGUGGGAGUUCAUCCGGGACAUCCUCAUCAACCCGGAGCUCAACGAGGGCCUCAUGAAGUGGGAGAACCGGCAAGAGGGUGUCUUCAAAUUCCUGCGCUCCGAGGCCGUGGCCCAGCUGUGGGGCCAAAAGAAAAAGAACAACAGCAUGACCUACGAGAAGCUGAGCAGGGCCAUGAGGUACUACUACAAGCGUGAAAUCCUGGAGCGCGUGGAUGGCCGGCGACUUGUCUACAAGUUUGGCAAAAACUCCAGUGGCUGGAAAGAGGAAGAGGUGGUCAGCAGUCGGAACUGAGGGCCCGAAGGAGACCUGGGACCAAACGCACGGACGUUGAGGCCUGCAUUCUCUCCUGGGGACCUUGGGCCACCCCGGUUUGGGCACACUCCCUGCUAUGCCGUGAAGAGAAGCGGAGGCUGUGGUCUUGUCAUCGUCAGCCUGAAGUGGGGGUCCGUGGCCUCCCCUCUUUGGCCUCCUUUUGGAAUUACAAGCUCUGGAAUUUGAAACAACCAGUCCGCUGACCAGCUGCAAAUGCAGCUACUUGUAUCGGGUGCCGCCUCAGACUUGAUCCGGAACCCCGCUGUGGGCAGCCUGCCUCCUGGAGAUGCCUGGACUGAGCCAAGGAGGACUGAGGAGACCCCAGGGACACCACGGCAGGGGUAUUGGGCUCCUCCGCACCUUCUUUCUGGACUGGCUCCUCCUCCCCGCUCAGUACUUGGAUCCGCCAGCGGGGGUCGGAGCACCUAAUUUAUGUGCUAUAAAUGUCAGAUGUGUGUAGAAAUCUAUUUUUUCUAAGACGUUCCCCUCCCUGCUCCUCCCAAGCUCUGGUGGCCACUCUGACUGUUCCAGGCCUUGAGCUGAGCCAGUGAGGGAUGGAUGGGGCAAUGCUGGGACCGUUCGGCAGGUUCCUGGCUGCUUUCUCCUGUGAGUGGAGGCAGAGGCCUCCAAUAAAGUGCCUUUGGGGCUUUUUCUUAUCUUCGUCUUAGCUACCCAUGUGCUGAAAUUUGGGCCUGUGGAUUGGAAUUAGGCUGGGGAGGGGAGAGUGACAGGGGUCUAGCAGGCUGAAGGUGAAGGCAAAGGCAGAGGGAGGGUAAGAAUGGAUUUCCUAUAUCAGGAGGGCUAAGUUUACAGACAAGCUGGCUGGGACCUGGGAGGAGAGCAAAGAAAACAAGUGAGAUUGUUCACCUCUGAGAAAAUGCAAGACUUCAUGCAAGCAAGGACAUGAGCCUGGGAAGCUAAGCACGGGGCCUGUGUCGUGUUGCCACCUCACGUUUGCACAGUGACCUUGGCCGAGUCCUUCUUGGGCCUGCCCUGCUUCCUUGCUGCCAGGCUAGGCUUUGGACCCGAUGUUCCCUAAGAAGUCUAGCAUUGCAUGUCUGGCCUUGUGGAAUAGAACCUUUUGCAUUCCAAACAAGUUGGCUGUAAGCUGAAUAUCUGUAAUCUGAAUCCUAGCUUUCGUUGUCCGACAUGAAAUCAGAAUUAUGAUCUUGUGGAGGGAAAAACAAAUAAAAUAGAGAUGAUGAACACUUGGUGAGAAAGAGAGAAG